CGCGGACAAUUGUCUGUGCAAGCGCGGUUACGAGAACGCUCUUCUCGGCGGAAAAAAAUGUACACCAUAAUGCCGUACUUGCAAUAGACAAUUUCCGAAAUGGACCCAAUAACUAACCUCGCCGGGGGUAUACCGGCUUCGCCACGGCCGUACCACCCGACGUGCUGUUGGUGUUUGGUGAUUUAAUACAUUACAACUCGCGGUACAUAAUGAACGCCACCGGUUGCGUGACGGCCUUGGGUGACGGCGGAGAAGCGUUCGUCGUGCUUCUGGCCGACGACCACUGUUACCGCGGCCGCGGUAGCCGACCGGAAGAGAUGGCGAUGUCACUCCCGUGUCCCGCGGGCAGGCCGCCCGUGCCUCGUCCACCGAUGACCACCGCCGAAGCGUACAAGUCGAGACCGCGCCGCAAGGACCGCGGCGCUUUCGUUGUACUGCCCGAACCGCCGCCAUUGGUAACCGCACAAACCAACUCGACGGCAAAAUCGUCCGCGGCAACCGGUUCCGACUGCAGUGGCCGCGUCAGUCCGUUCCGUGGCCACGGGUUCAAAACGCCAGAACACGGACGGUCGCGGGCGUCCACCCCGCCAUCGUCGUCGUCGUCGUCGUUCAAACAUCUUAGGCGACAGUUGUCCGAGCCGCGGAUCACCGCCGGCCGCAGGCAACGUCCCGUAGUCGCUAAUCAACGGUUGUCGGUAUCCACAAAAGACCUGUCGAUGGCUGUAGACAAAUCAUCAUUACCGCGAAACAAUAACUCGUCACCUCGAAUACCUAAUAAGCAGCUCGGAUUGCCUAAACUGUUACCAGCCGAAAAGUCUGGCGCUACUGCAACUGGUAGACAGCCCGCGGUACUCAACAGGCAAACAAAUGUCUCCACCAACAAAACGGCCAACGUCUCCAGAUCGGCUGUAGCUAAUCGUCAUCCUCCACCGCCGAUCAAAUCGUCACCACGUUUACCCAAAAAACAGUCAAAGGUGUCCGCAGUGGAAGUGACUAAGAAAUCUAAAGCGAACUCACUGCCACAGCCACCAAUCAAAUCGUCGCCGAGUUCGUCUAAAAAACAGUCGACGGUGGCGACAGCAGAGGUGACAACAUCUAAGACGAACUCAUUGCCGGCAUCGAAAGGCGACGCGCGCUUGUCCGAUAAUAACCCACAAGCGGCUGUUACUAUACCGAUCGCGUCUGAAUCGUUGAUUUCGGUGGCCGCUGUACCGAAGACGACCGUGUCCACAUCGGUGGCCGUAUCCACAUUAAUGACCGCGUUCACGACAACGAACGAGCCCACGUCAACCACCAUGACCGUACCGACAACUAUGGUGGCUGCGUCCACUUCGGCUACAGCCAUCGCAGCUACUCACGUCACUAACGCGGCCGCUUUACCUGUGGUCAAAAGCGACGGUCCGAUCGUGACGGCCGCGCCUCCUCCCGCAGCAAUAGCCGUAAACACAUUGGCCACCAUGUCUUUUGUCAAUUCGUCGAAUGCCUCAAAACCACCACCAAGCGCGACGAGGUUUCGCGAACUGCCCUCUGUGACAGACCAGCCGGCUCAUUCCACGGCCACGGUUGUCGUCGUGGACGGCGGCAUGUCGGCGGACACGACUACGAUACAACAGCCUGCGCACAUUAAUGUAAUGACCACAACGCCUCCCCUGUCAUACGAGUUGGAAGAAAUCGUAGUGGAACCGGAAACGGAAAAUCAGAGCGGAAGGUCAAAUGGAAUUUCUCGGUUGCAGGCAUCUGGUGACGAGGGAGUUCAGAAUAAUAAUAUUGUAUUGUCCACUUCCAACAGUAGCAACGGUGGUCACAAGACGGUCGCAUGGGCCAGGUAAAAAACUAAAAAUUUAGCACGAUAGCAUAGGUUUGGUGUUCCCUAAAUACGUCCUUCUAACACUCAACUAUAAUGAUUUUCGUUAACGAAAAACGAUUCUAGGCAAAAUUCGUUUAUAUAUUAUUUAAAAGCCGUAAUAUUUACAAUUUUUAUACUCAUUUUAUCAUGAAAUAAUUGAAAUAAAGAAACC